AGAAAAUUUAUUUUUGUACAAAAACACACGCUCUACAAGUAAUACAUGAAAAUAACAAUUUUUACUUCAACGAUCUAAAAGUUAGUUUUGUGGUCGAAAGGAUACAAUAUGGAUAAUUGAUUUUGUUUCUCAGUGGUAUAGUUUUAACAAUAGUGAUGGGUAACGUCGAUGAUUAUUUCAAAGAAAUUAUCUGUCUGCAGUUGAAGAAACCGAAAAGCUGGAAUUGGGAGUUGAAAACAUCCAAAUCAUCUCCUAAUAUUGCGUUACCUUGUAUUAAACUGUUUGAUGCUAAAGGACGGUUAUUAGUGGAAUCAAAAUCCGAAGGUGGAGUAUUCAGAUCCAGCGACGUUACAAGAACCAAACCCAUCCAUUCAAAUCAUCGAAGAACCAAAAGCGAUGAUAUCUCGAAAGACCUUCAAAUAAAUUCUAUCAGUAAGAGCCAUAGUGAUGUUAAAAUUAAUAUUCUUAAACCAAAAGAUGAAAAAAAUCUAAAUAAAAAAGCCGAAAUUGAUCUUCAGAAGUCAAAUAAUGUGGAUAGUAAAAGGGCUCGAAGACCCUAUUUGGGCAAAAGUAACAGCGAUAUGAAAAUAUUAGAACGGAUACAAGAAGCUAAAGAACCAGCCCCUAUGAGGAGCAGACAUUACUCUUUUGGUCAUCAUCAUAGACAGUUGAAGAAAAAUGAUGAAACCAAUAAUGAGAAGAAGAAUCAAAAACCCAAAAUAAUUUUGCAAAAAGCUGAUGUGGUGUCAUUUCCACCUAAUAAAUUACAAGUAGAAGACGUCCCAAAACCAAAAAGGUAUCGCCUAAGAAAAAGUAGAGCCGGAACAUUACUCAUCAACGACGAAAGCUUCAGUUCCACACAUCGUAAAAGGUGCCAUGGAGAAUUUGGUGAUUGUAGACACGACAGCGACGAUAUCAUUAUUGAAAAUAUUGAAGACUUAAGCGAUUCCGCUGAGGAGGAGAAUAUUAACCGUGGAGAAAUUCAAUUAAGUGAUAAAGAAAAGCAGUCUAAAGCUGAUUAUAAUGGAAACUAUAUCAUCAAAAGUAAUUCUUAUAUUGAAAAUCAUAACGUUGAGCUCGUAAACGACAAACGAAGACGUCGGAAAAAACGUGUUAAAAAAGCAUCAAAUCAAAGACGUACCUUUUCCUCCUCACCCCAAAGCACCGAGGACGAUGAUGAUGAAAGUGACGAUAAAGACCUCACGCGUCUAGUAAGGCAACUCUCCCUCCCAAAAAUCACCGAACUCCCCUCGCAAAGUCAAAAGUUCCGUAAUAGUUAUUUGAGGAAUUGCAAAUCAGAGAAGGCUGUUCAUAGAAUUAGUGAAUCUAGGCACAGGAGUAGGAUCGAAAACCAUGUGAAUGGGAAAGGGAUGGGCGCAAACGUUAGUCGGCAUUCGGCCAAAGGACUUACAGGAAGAAGAUCACAGUCAAGCGGCAACAUCUGUAACGGAAAGGGUGGAAGCGGCAGACAUCAGGGCGACGGAAGUGGGUCGGAUGGCGGGGGUGGCGAUGGCAUCAGCGGCAGUCUUCCUAACUACUUGGAUGGAGGAGGUGGCUCCAUUAACAAUUACCAACUAGAUGAUGAGGAUGAUGAUGACGAGGAUAACGACGAGGAAAAACUAAAUAGUCAAUGCCAAAGAAGAAUUCCUCCUUUGGGUGACGGAGCUCCACUCCACUGGAAGUUCUCCGACUCCCAAACCCCGCAACACUGCCACCAGGAUCAGGGUUACGGGUCGGAGCGAUCGCAGGAAGAGGAAUAUCCUCCACCACCUCCUACAUCGGAAUCUGGUCAUCAUGACGUCAUGAACCAGUGCCACCAUCACCUGGAGGCACAUUCGUGUUACCCCUUCAUCACGCCGGAGAGCACUUUUACGGUGAAGCUGAAUAAAGGACCGCGGGGGUUGGGUCUGAGCGUCACCGGUGGUAUAGAAAGUGUCGGUUCCUGGCCCGGUUUGGUUCGGGUGAAACGGUUGUUUCCGCACCAACCGGCUUCGGCUUGUGGUCUUUUGAAUGUGGGUGAUCUGUUGUUGGAGGUUAACGGCAUACCAUUAACUGGCUUGACAAAUUACGAAGCCCUAGAAGUUCUAAGGACCGCUUCCAAUCAGGUAGAAUUAAAAAUCUCCAGGCCGCCUCCAGAUGUUUUAAAUUGCGUGAGCCCCAUUUCUGAGGUUCCGCCUCCGCCACCCACCCGUAAGGAGCCACCAAAUACGUUAAAUUUUUGCAGUAGCUAUUAUGGGGCCACGCCUGAAGAUGAAUUUUACCAUGGGGAAUUCGAAGUUACGCUUACCAAAAUGCAAGGUUCAUUGGGUUUCACUCUAAGGAAAGAGGACGAUAGCCCGUUGGGACACUACGUAAGGGCUCUAGUCAGAGAACCCGCCCUUACUGAUGGGAGAAUUAAGGCUGGUGAUAAAAUUAUUGCGGUGAACGAUAUAGAAAUAUUCCAAAUGACUCAUGAAGAGGCUGUGCAAUAUCUAAGACAGUGCGGAGAUAAGGUGAAAUUGAGAUUGUAUCGGGACUUAGCGCAAACUCCAGUUACUGCUCUUAGUCCUAGUCCUAGAGCAUCAUGUUCUCGGAAAACCCACUUGAGGCAAGAAGCACUAGAUAUGCUCACAGACAUCGCUGGUCGUAAAGCGGUCAGCCUUCCUGAAAGACCAAGAUUUUCCAAGCACCAGCAUCAACAUUUUCCGGAAGAUGGUACAAAAUACAUCGUUUCCGAUGAACAAUUUCACGAGGGAAUGCUCAAGUGUAAACAUUUCGAUGAGAACGAGUUCGAUUCGUUGUUUGUAGUCGACGGAGACGAUGACGGUGAUAGGCCUUCGAGGUACGAGCCCAAUUCCUUAGAUUUGUACAACCCCAACCAAACUCCAGUGGCCGGAAGGAAACCAAGGUUUACCUUCUCUUUGGCCCAUAACGCUUAUGAACUGAAUAACUUAGAUCCGGAAGUCUUAGACGCACCUAACCUCACUUAUAAUUUAGGCACUGAAAGAGAUUCCACUAUUCCCGAAGGUGGAAAUGACUAUCCCAAAGAGCCGGCUAGUAUGCCCCAUAUUCCUGUUGAUAAUAAUUCUUCCUUAGCAUUUAGUAAUAAGACUCCGGCGUACCAGUCAGCCCAUUUUGUGUUGGAAGAGAGUGACUCUAAGAGUAACACCAAUCAUCAACACAAUCACCAACAACAACAACAACAACAAGCUCACCAUAAUGAAGAGACUGAUACCAUAAAAAGAAAAAAAGGAAUUUUGAAAAAAGACUCUACAAAUAGGGAUAAUAAGGCUGACGCGACAAAAUGUAGUGUUGCUCCUAUGGAGGAAGAGUUCGAGAUUCUCGCAAUAGAAAUGAACAGAGGAUGGAAUAGUAGACUAGGUUUCAGCCUGCAAGGAGCGGCAGGAGUGACCUACGUCAGCGCAGUUUAUGCUGGCUCAGUCGCAGCAAGGGACGGAAGAAUUAAGCCAGGGGAUCGAAUUAUUAAGGUAAACGACGAGGACGUGGAACAUAUGCAGACUAAUGAAAUAAUCGACUUACUGCGCAUAGUUCGUGGGCCGGUGUGUAUAUUUGUAAAACGAAUCAAAUCGAAAGAAGACUGUCCUAAUAAAAAAAGCAAUGCGGAGAAUUGAUAUGAUUCUAUGAAUUUUAGUUAUUAGUCGAGCCUAAAUAGUGAUAUUACUGUAUUAAUUAAUUUAUCAGAAAAAUUCAUGACGAUGCUUAUUUAAUUCAAAAAUUCGAAUAUAAUGUAAUAUAAGAUAUUAUUUAAUAUAAGGAAAAAAAUAAUUAUUGAAGAGAA